UGGUUGUGGAUAGACAUGUUGGACCAUUAUUACCAAGGGGUGGGUCAGAAGUCCCAAGAGCCAGUAGACCACAGAGAUUGGUUCGUGGUAGUAAUGCGAGUCUUCCACGCGAGGCUAUGAUUUUCGGUCUCCUAGGAAAACAAUCUGACGCGGCUGACGCGUGCAAGCCGAAGCUUAUGGGCCUGGGAACCAUAGGCUUAAAUCGUUGCGCAGGACUUUGAAGAUAUGGAUAUGUAGAUCAAUCAAGUUUGGUCCGUGUUGAAUUUGGUUCAGGCUGCCAUUUCUUGAUGUUCUUUGUUUGGCCAAGCCUCAAUGAAUCUUCGGCUUCUCCCACUGCUUGCAGCUUUGGCUGCAGAACACUCGAUUCAGUGAUUCAGUGCGUAACUCUCUUUGCCGACUGGAGCGUAUCGCCGCUGGAUAAAGUUCCUCCUUUCCACAGUGACCUUCAAGUAGAUUUUAGUGUGUGCACCAGACGCGGUCCCAGACAUCACCAUGUUGGCGUUCUCAACCUUGAUGGCCUUGGCGCUGGUCCGGGCAAGUCCCCCAGGUGGUGGGCUGGCCUGUCAGGCCUGCGAGGGCGAGGUCACCGGGUUCUUGCAGACCCAUCAGACCCAGUCGGGCGAGGGAAAGGAUUCAUCAUGGACUUUGAUGAAGCCCAAUCCGAAGUUGUUUGAGUGGAAGUCCGUGGGUACUAUGCCGUGCCAUCAGUGGCCGCGCAGUUGAAGAACUGCGACCCAAAAACCUUUUUGUGCAACGAAACGCAGAAGCAGCAGUACAUGAAGAACAAUGCCAGCUUGACUGAGAAUGAUUGGCGCAAGAUCAUGGUUGGUUACUUGCACGUUCCUUUGAGCUAUGAUCACACCAAGAAGUCUUCAUUGAUCAAUCUAGAUCUUCGCGUUUCUGUUUGGAUUGGCUUGAAAGGACCAGAUGCUCCCCUGGUGCUGCAACACAACGGGGGGCCUCGAACCGCUGAUGCUGGACCCGUCCAGAUGCAGUGGUCCUUCCUCAAGUCUCCCGUGGGCAAGGUUCAGCUGGAGAAGGAAUACAAUAUUCUUGGCAUCCAGCAAAGAGGCAUGUCCGAUGACAGCAACUUGGGGCAUUGGCCGGAGCCGAUUGUCUCGAAGACCUUUGAAGGAGUAUGUGGUAAACGGUUAGAACCUCCGGUGGUCAAAGAGAAGUCAUACAACUUGAGGGACUUCACCACUUGUCCAUGCAACCUUCCUGAAGGUGACAGUGAAGCUCCUGAGCCCUUUCCAGAUCCGGAGGAUGAGACGGCGGUGGACCAAUGGUUCGCCUUUGCUGCGAGCCGGAACCAGAACUGUUACAAGGCGGACUAUUGGAAGAUGAGCCAUGGAAACGAGAGUUUCAACUACCUGGACUAUGUGGGAACCCAGACUUUGGCCAUGGACAUUGAUCGCUUGCGUCAGGCCUUGGGCGCUGAGAAGCUGAGUUUCAUGGGCCUCAGUUACGGCACGGCAGUGUCAGCAGUUUAUGCCACAGCCUACCCAGAGCAUGUUGGGAAGGUCGUGCUCAACGGAGUCGUAACACCUGGCCCUAUGAAAGAGGACUACUACUCGAGCCAAGUGAUCUCAUCGCAGCAGGCCAUGGCAAAGUAUCUGCAGAUUUGCAAUGAUGAGGGGGAGAAGCAGCAUGUGCCAGAUGACAUGCUUACGAGAUGUGCUUUGCCAACCACCGAUCCGGAGCUCUUUUUCGCAGAUCUUGUGGAGAAGAUCCGAAGGAAUGCCUCCUCGCCAUCGUCGAUGUAUUCCAGAAGCACCCGCACAGGCAAGGCCUUCACUCUCACGCCCCCGAUGCUUUAUCAAUACAUGAACGCCGAUGUAUGGCUGCCAUCAGCCUCUCCGUGGACCAAAACCCUCGAACUCUUGAACAUGCUGGGUGGCCACAAUGAAUCUGCUGUGACCAGUGCCACAGAAAGCAUUUUUGAUCAAGUGUGCACGAACGACUGGAAGACCUAUGGAUACUGCUUCGACUACAUGGACUAUGUCCACGGCGCACACUCGGAUGGCGGGCUCACCGAGAAUGCGGUCCGUGGCCUGGAUUAUGCAGGCGUCUACUCUGCCAAGGGUGGCAAGGGCGUUUUCAACGCCUUGAAGGACCGCUACGGUGCUUCACCGCUCUUCUUCGGGAACAUGAAGGCAGGCUAUGGGCUGAUGUCCUGGGCUCCCUUGCCCACGCCGGCGCAGCUGGGGUCCCGGCCGGGCAUCCGGAUGCUUGUGGUCAACGACCUGUUUGAUCGUUCCACACCUUAUUCCAGUGCAAAGCAGAUGCGCGAGGUGUUUCCCAGUGCUCAUCUCAUGACAUGGCAAGGAACAGGUCAUAUGGUCUCUUACGCCGCAGACAGCUACGACCCAGAGGGCGUCGAGAGCUGCGUGGAAAGGAUCAAUGAUUUCAUGCUGAAUGACGUGAUGCCCCCUGAGGGGUUCACAUGCCACCAGACUCGCAAAUUCACAUGGUGAAUGCAGCUUCAGCUUAGCUUAGCUAAAGGCAGUCUUGAUUGAGGCUCAAGGCAAACUACAGUAGAAGGUUACGAUUUUCAAGCGCCACGCAACGCCACUUAAAAGAGUAGCGUGUGUGGCGUGAGGAUUUUAAUUCGACUUAGCUAUUGGAUUUUGAAAGUGGGCUGGCCAUUUUCAACCGGAAAGUCUAGGAAGACAGCUGCAUAGUUUUGGCAUGUUUUGGCACUUCUCAACAAGCAGAGGCGCGAAAAGUGCUAUUUGCGAACUUUGACAACGGAGAUCGCAGUGAAGCAGGGUGUGCGGAAUGAGACGAAGUUGGC